AUGGCUGCCCCAAUGGGUCCCGAAUCGCAAACGGCUUUUUGUCCGAACUGUAAUCAGAGCAUUCAAACCAAUGUUGAACAAAAGUCGACAACAAAAACUCAUAUUUUGGCAUUAAUAUUGUGUGUUUUCGGAUUAUGUCCUUGUGCCUGUUGCCUCUACUGUACAGAUUGUGCCCGUAAUGCUGAACACUAUUGUCCGUUGUGUAAUUCCUUUUUGGGUGUCUAUGAGCGAUAA